GAUGUAAAAAUUAAAGGAUUCUACUGAUGAAAUUUCAGCUAAAUACAAACUUCUUAGAUUAGCCCUUAUUUUAGAGAAAUAAGCAUUAAAAACUCCACUUAACAUUCUAAAGAUCUAUACUAAUAUUAAAUGGAGAUUUAAUAAGACUACAGACUUUGUUUAUCAAUCUAAUUAAUGGAAUGAAAUACGUAGAAAUCCUCAUAGUUAAUCGUAAUCUAUUUUUAUUAAAUUUAGAUCCCCUAAUAUGUUAAAAAAGAGUCUUAAACAUGUUGUAAAGGAAGUUUAAAUUAAGAAUUAUACAGAAAGAGUUCAUCGCUCAUAAAUAGAAGGUAGGAGAACUUCAUAAGAAAUGGAAUAACUGGUUGAAUUAGCUAGAGUAAAUAGCUCAAAACGUAAUUUAUAAAAGAAAUCAGUUGAUCUAACUAAAGAUGUUUAUUAAAACAUUUACGAGUUUGGUCUUCUUUUCAUUUUAUUUGGUUUUAUAUGGUCAAUGUAUUAUGUGAUAAGUCAAUAACUCAAAAAACAAUGA